UGUCAGGGAGAUGCUGUGUAACCACCAGCAGAGAGGAUGCUGCUUUAUUAUCAGUGACCUUCAGAUUCCCGUCUAUGUGACACUAGGCUGCUGCUGUCCCGUGACGUCACGUGAGGACGUGCUGAGUUAAAGCUCCGAGAGGCAAGAGCAGCAGCAAAGCCAGAGAGCGACACAUCAGAGCGGCUGCUUCUACUACAGGUGCCCGGGGAUGGGGAUCCUUAGAAGGAGUAUCUAGAUUGACUGGAACGGUGUAAACCUGAAGCUCUAUGCCAAGUGCUGCUGCUGGGGAAGCUGAUCUGUGCUACUGGAGUGAGCUUGUGACAUAGAGAAGAUUAGUGCAUCAUGGGGGCGGUGGUUAUAGAUGACAAUCCAUCUACAGUAAAAGCUCCUGAUGGCGGCUGGGGCUGGGCAGUCCUUUUUGGCUGUUUCGUCAUCACUGGGUUCUCCUAUGCUUUCCCCAAAGCAGUCAGUGUAUUUUUUAAGGAACUUAUCAGGGAAUUUGGCAUUGGCUACAGUGACACCGCAUGGAUAUCUUCUAUCUUGCUUGCAAUGCUGUACGGAACAGGUCCUUUGUGCAGCAUCUGUGUGAACCGGUUUGGGUGCCGGCCAGUAAUGAUGGUUGGCGGUCUUUUUGCCUCACUUGGGAUGGUGUGUGCAUCUUUUUGUACAAGUAUCAUUACGAUCUACCUCACGGCUGGAGUCCUCACAGGUUUAGGCCUAUCACUGAAUUUCCAGCCUUCACUCAUCAUGUUAAAUCGAUACUUUGACAAACGUCGCCCACUGGCCAAUGGAUUAGCAGCUGCUGGGAGCCCUGUAUUUCUCUGUGCCCUCUCUCCCCUGGGGCAAAUUCUGCAGUAUGAGUUUGGAUGGCGUGGUGGGUUUCUUGUACUUGGAGGACUGCUUCUUAACUGCUGUGUAUGUGGUGCCCUAAUGAGGCCAUUAGAACCACCAAAGAACGAAAAAGAGGAGACCAAACAAGUAAAACAAAACAAACCUAAAAAGCUACUGGACUUCACAGUGUUCAAAGACAGAGGCUUUGUCAUAUACACUCUAGCUGCUUCUAUUAUGGUUUUAGGGCUGUUUGUACCACCAGUAUUUGUGGUGAGCUAUGCAAAAGACAUUGGGACGCCAGACACAAAGGCUGCUUUCCUCCUCAGCAUUCUUGGUUUUAUUGAUAUAUUUGCAAGGCCCACCUGUGGUAUUCUCGCUGGACUGAAAUGGGUCCGACCACGCUGUGUCUAUUUUUUCGGCUUUGCUAUGAUUUUUAAUGGAUUCACAGAUCUGAUGGGUUCCAUGGCAGAUACUUACGGAGGACUGGUUGUGUUUUGCAUCUUCUUUGGGAUCUCGUAUGGGAUGGUUGGUGCUCUGCAAUUUGAAGUCCUCAUGGCAAUUGUUGGCACUCAAAAGUUCUCCAGUGCUAUUGGACUAGUGCUUAUGGCGGAAGCUAUAGCUGUCCUAAUUGGACCACCAUCCGCAGGUAAAAUUUUGGACGCAACUGGAAGAUAUAUGUUUGUUUUUAUCAUUGCUGGUGUUGAAGUAGUCACUUCUGCGCUGGUUUUAACAAGCGGCAAUUUCUUCUGCAUCAAGAAAAAACCAGAUGAACCGCACUGUAAAGAGGAGGUGGCAGAAAUAGGCAUGAUCAUAAAAUCAGAAGACCAAGCACCUGAGAACAAGAAGGAAGAGUCGGCAGAGGUAGAAGAGUUUUUAAAACAGGAGGAAAAAGACAAAAAUGGUGAAGUAGUGACUAACCCAGAGACAUGUGUGUGAAGGCUGAUGGAUAUAUAUAGAAAAUCCUUCUUAGUUUUAGGGCUGUACCAGUUAUUGAUCAGCCAAACGAAACGUGCGUAAUAUGGCAGAGCAAAGUCCUCUUUUUGGUUAAGAUUGUAAUAUUGUACUAUUACACUAGUAAACUGUAACAACCCAUCAUGCUUUUUUUUUUUAAUUUUUUGUUGGUUUGGGUUUAUACAAUUUCUCGACCUUUUUUUUAAUUUUUUUUUUCUUCUCUUUAUUUUUACAGUUUGUAUUGUAAAUUGCUGAUAUCAUUUUAUUUAUGGAAUUUCUUUUCUGUGAUAUUUGCACUGAGAAGUGAGUAAAUUUAUAUCUGCAUAUAAACACAUUUUUAAACAA